GCCACACCGUGCUUACCUGAGUCUGGAGUGUCAGUGGUAUUGUCCUCGUGCUCAUGUAAAACAACCACCUCUUGCAGAGCAAAGCGCCACCUGCUGAUGGCGCCAUACCGGAGAAAGAGCAUUAACGCCGCUGAGCUCUUGAACCGGAGGAGCAGAGGUAUCAGGGAUGCUGGGACUUUAUACAGACACUGUCUGAAGCUCCUUAGAGGUAUUCUCCUCCAGGAAAAUAGAAGUUUCAUUAAAGUAUGGAGCAAGACCUCAAAAUCUACAAUAAUGUAUGAGGAUGGUAAAGUCUACUUUGAAAAUUACCAGAACUGCUACAGCUGUGUUCAUGCUGAGCCUCAAAGAUUGUACAAAUUGCCCAGGAGGUCUAAACAUGAGAAAAUUGAAGAUGCCUUGCUGUGUCAGAGCCCACUUGACAAAACAUUACCCUCGCCCUCUGAUCAUAAACCCAGCCUCUUGGCUUUGACAGCCAAUAACUGGCUCUUUCGCAUCUCAGCUGAAACAGGAAAAGAGCUGCAGAGAGUUUACCUUUCUCCAAACCACAAGUUCAGAUAUCUUGGCUGGGAUGUUUCUCAAGAGACAUUUUAUGUAAAAUCUGUUCAAAAGAAAGAAACACCUUUAGAAAGACAGGCAGGUAUCUCUCAGAAUAUUGUGAUGCACUUGGCCAUUUUUCAUGUUUUUCCCUUGCAAAUUGUGGGCAUUUUGGAGAUCAACAAAAAGACAUUUGGAAAUGGCGUUACUGAUGUCGUUCUGUCUCAAGGUGUCCUUGCAGUGUCUUACAGCAACAAGUCAGUGAAGCUGUACAGCUUUGAGCAUAUUGUCCAAAGAUACUUAACAGAGAAGUUAACUCUUGGAGAGCUAAGUUCACUUCUUGGAAACAAAACAGUGGGAGAUACUCCGUUUGGUAUACCAGUGAAUAUCCAGAUUACAGAUUGCCUACCAGUACUUUUUGAGGUGUCCUGCUCUAAUAAUGGUGUCCAGAUUGGAGGCUACCCUUGGCACUACAUUUACACUCCACCGCAUAAACAUGACAGAGGGACUCACCACAUCUGUUCACUCAAGGACAGCACCAUGGCAACAAAUGGAAUACAAAACAUGAACUGCUGCUCUUUAGAGAGUGACGGGAUCUUCUUCCAUCCAGACGAUUCAGGACGGAUCAUCCAUGUCGGGCCUACUACCAUAAAUGUGCUAAAAAUCCUCGGUGAACUAAACAGUCCUCUGCCAUCAAAGGUAGUUGAGGAUUUCUCUAUGAAGACUCAUCGAGACAAUCCUUCCUCCCAAGUCACCGUCACCUCAUCAGGCCGCGCAGUGAAGAAAAGAUUUCAUCAGCUGGAUGAUGAUCCCAGUCAAGAGACUUUCCGAAUGGUGGAAUAUGAGGAUGAGCUUGACCUAAUGGCUGUAGUGGUAACUAAAGGCGAGGAGGAAGAAGGAAGAGGUCACAUUGAGCUGCAUGACAACCAAACUGGGCAGUUGCAGCGGAGGAUUGAUCUGGUUGAACCUUGGGAUGAGACCUAUCGACACGAGUUGUUCUUUGACAAAGACACGAUUGUUCAUAUUGAACAGAAGAACAGCAACUUCUGCUGCCAUGUCUAUAAACUCAAGGCUUCCAGAAAAUAACUUGGGGGAAAUGUAAUUAAAGCUACUAAAGAGCAUUUAAUGACCCCCUUUAAGAUUCUAUAAUUUUUAAGUCAUACAGUUUUUCUAUAUUACUUACAAUAAUGUAUUUUUAGAUGGAUUGCUGCAUUUUUUUAAAAUAAAUUCCACUUGAUGACUUGA